CAUCUUCUGUUUUCACGCUCUGGGAUCAAGCUUCUUUUUUUUAAUACCCACUCUCGUUUUUCUAAAGGUCUUUUUCUCGAAUUGCCCCUAACUCCAUCUCCCUUUUGCCUUUAUCUCCUAAUCAACCGGGGGCUCCAGAAUGGAUCGUCCCUCGAGAACUCUACGACGGAUUGCUCUGGAGCGACUGGCCUCACUAUCGGUCAAAGAAUCUCAACUAACUGCUUCCUCUGGCUCGGGCUCGAACAAAAAAAACUCGGAUCUCGAUCGUCUGGCUGAGGGAUGUGUUGCCUAUCGUCCCACGCUGAAUGGUGCCCUUUCCGGUAACGGGAGCUUGAACGAAGCUGGAACCCCGCCCACAAAGACCGGAACUUCUCAAAUUCCCAUAUCAUUGCGUGAGUUUGAAGUGUUGCUCGCCCUCUGCAAAGCAGCGCCCCUUCUUCAAAGCCACGAAAGCGCAGAACGUCUUCGUCGCCAGCUCUCACCCUACCUAGUCGAGUCUUACGGCCAGAAAUUAUCACCAUCUCCCUUUUUCCGCGAUAUAGAACCCUCGCCAUGGGAAUGCCUUACAUCUCACUUGACUGGCACGUUACUAUCCUUGGGAUUGAAGUUCCCCUCACUGCGCGAGAAGAUUAUCGACACCAUUCAUACAUAUUUGGACAACGCUGCAGCCUCCUCGGCUACUGAGCUGGACGAGGGCGACGCGCUUGCAUUUGCUCCGCUGGUACUUUCGUUCCUUGGCUUCCUGGACUCCUGUGCUAAGCAUGCCAACUUCUGGUUUUCAGAUGAACGAGUAUCGCUUAUAUCCCAAAUACGGGAUGUCCUCUCCGAGAAUUACCUUUCCAAUGUCGAGGCCGUUUUUGCCGUAGUUCGAAACUCCGAUUCCCAGGAAGCCUACUUAAAGCCAUGGAAAAUCCUUCUUCGCCGGUAUUCUGCUGCUGGAAAGUCGCUUGGCGCUAUGCUGAUACAGCGAGAGUAUAUGAAACUCGUGGUUGCCGCCACUUCCCUUAUGGUCGUGGAGGAGCCGGUUCUCCAGGGCCAGCAAAUAUUGGACACUAUCAUGUCGGAUCGCGAGGUUUCGGCCAACACUGAGGAGGACCCUUCUACUAUCGAAUUCUUUGUGGAAGUCGCUUCGGGAGGUAUAGCACUAAUGGAAGAUGGCGCAGAAUACGCUCGCAGUGAAUGGCAGCAGCAGCUUGGGUUUUCCAUGAAAGCCCUGGCUCUGAUCGCAUAUUCUAAUUGCCUAUUCCUCAAUGAGAAUGUCGCAGACCUGGAGCAGCUCCUUAAAUGGCUAGCAACAACCAUGUCCGAUGGAGCACAACUUUCCAACGGGGAGCUCGCUAGUACUGUCUUGAAGCUGCUGUCUAUUCUAUCGAACAAUGACCCCCAGUCUACUCCUAAUUUCGUUAGUACCUUACAUAAGUUCAUUGUCGAGGGAUCAGGUCCCACCAAUCAGAGUACUGUGAGAGUUGCAGGGAAAUGCUUAGCAUAUGUCUUGAAAUUCCUACCGCAAGAUGUAACCAUCACAACAUUAAAUACACUGGGUCAUGUCCUUUCGUCCUCCAAUCCGGAGCGCGCGCUAAAGGCUGAGAGGUUGCAACCUUUUGAUCAGUUGACUAUGGGAAGCACGUUGUCUCUCGCCGCUGGCGGAGAAGAAGAUAGACUAUAUGUCUAUUCAAGCAUCAUUGAGACCAUUGUUAAGAUUAUUGAGAGCUGUAAGGACGAAAAGAUGGUCUCUUUGGGCCAACACAUCCUCGUGCAAAGACUCAAUAAAGUCAGCGCAGCCGUCAACGCAAAAAUCCUUACUGGACUUGCAUCUUUAGCCUUGAAAUCAUCUCCCACGGAUUUCAAGUCCGUACUACAAGUAUAUAACAAGAUGGGUACUGACGCGGUCUGGCAGGACGAUGUUGGUAUCAUUCGUGCCAUCUUUGAUGCGAGAAUGACACUCGCUGCAAGUUUGAUGCGCGAGUCACAACUGUAUGAUAUUUAUUUGAAUGAUAUGCUUGAAUUUUUUGCUGCCAUUGGUGACUCUCGCGAGCCCGAGGGGAAGAAACAAACAGAUACUUUGCUUGUGAUCCGCGAGAUUCAUCAAUUCAUUCCACCCCUUGCUAAACUACUCUCAAAUAAUGGGCCUGAGGUCAAUUUUGCCAUUCGCUAUGGAUUUGCCUCGCUUCUCCGUGACUUCUGGUUCAACUGCGCCCUAAAUGGCAUUGUUUAUGAUUCGGAGGAGGCAAAGAAGUACCUAUCAGAACUCCGAAUAAUUGCGCUCUAUACCCCGCCAUUGGUCUCCGGAAUGGAGGAAGAUGAAAGUAUUGACAGCGAUCUGGGUGAGCAGUCUAUUCUCUCCCGGAACAUGUCACCUCAAAACACGGUGGAGCACAAGAAACGGCUCCUCGCCUUGAUCCCUUCAGAAGAGGUUGGAAUCAGACCCCUUUCCCACUCCCGGGCUAUUUUCCUGGAAGCUGCCUAUACCCUCGAGUCUUUCAGGGCAGAAGCAGGCGGAUGUUCUAAGGUCCUUGCCUACUUCAUGGAAGUUGGCUUCAAGGCUGGCACAGGCACCAGUUGCAUGAUCGCGGCGGCAAGCAGCGUUAUGGAUACCUAUAUCGGAAAAGUCCUGGAAGGAACCUAUCCAGAAUUCUCAGCGAUGAAGGCUGCCGAGGAGUUAGCAGAUAUAUUUGUCGGGUGUUGCCAUCGGCUUGAGCGGGUUCAGAUCAUCGCAAUCGGAAUCGCUGAUCGCAUGAUUGAUGUAAUGCCUUCGGCGCUCUGCCAAAAAACUUCCCUGUUUGCUCUAUUAGAGUUACUCACUUUGCUAUGGCUGAGCUGUUUGGAGGAGGAGACCGAUGAGUAUACCACUCGUUCCAUCUUUACUUCGGUGAAGGGGGGAGUUUCGGUUGAACUGCCAGAUUCUUACUUAUUCCGACGCAAGCUACUGAAAGUAUUUCAGGCCAAGGCAAAAGCGUGGGUUCUUCAAGUCUUGAAUGUGGCCCCACUUGAUGUCAAAGGCCUUAUGCAAACUUACCUUUCCGAAUUCGAAGAUGAAGGCAGUCUCGGGCAUGUAUCCCUUGGUCGAUCUUUUGCCGUGGAAAUUGGAUCUGCGGUCCCGAGCGGUGACCAGAGGCUAGCAUCAAUCGAUCACCGUCGGGAUUGCGAUGGCAACGUUGCCUCUGAUUUUGUCAUGCAAUACACAACUCGUCAAGCGUACCGUUACACCGAGCCAGCUCUUGAGUAUCACCAAGAUUGGCUAAGCAUACGACCUCUUGGGGACUCUGCUAACUCCUCUAAUGCCCCGUCCAUAAUGCGUCCGGAUUCUGCACAAGCCCUUUUGUCCCAGAUGGAGAGCAAAGACUACGAAAAUGAGUUUGUUCCCAUCGGAGAACUUCGCGAUAUGUUGAAGAGGGCAGCUGCACUUGUCUGUCGCUCGGAGAAGGAUCAGGGAGCCCUUAUCCGUGGCCUUGUUGGAAUCCCUUUUGCUGUUUUUAGCAAGAAAUCUAUCAACCUUGGUAUCUCACUAUGGACAGGGGUGAUCCACGAGAAGCCCCGCCUCCAAUCCAGAAUUCUCACGGAAAUUGCAAGGAAUUGGGAGAUGACUGUUGAGAAAAAGAUGGGUCUGUUCUCCGACAGCUUGACAAGCCUUGAUCCUUUCGAACUCAAAAUGGAAUACGCGCCACCGGACAAGGAGCAACACUUGAUCGAACAACAAAAUGCCUCCGACGUGCUUUCCCCCCAUUUGAAAUUGCUGCACAUGCUUUCCAGUCAUUAUCAUGCCACCAGGAACGGAAACCCUCACAUCCAGAAGAUAUUCCUAAGAUUGGUUCGCGUAUCGCUGGCAGGACUUCAUCACGCUACAAGCCACCCACUUUCAAGAGAAGUUAGGUUCAAGUUGGUGUUAUUCGGGUUACAGGUUCUAAAAUACAGCACUAGAUUGACCGAACGCCAGCAAUGGAGACUCAAGGAUCAAAUCCUUUCGGCAGCUUUAACAUGGUUCAAAUUCCCACCACAGUGGUCCUUUGGAGGAAAUAAGCUGCAGGUCAAGGCCGAGGCUCAUCUGCUCCAAGAUGUUGCGAAUCUCCUACAGAGCAUUGCCACUAUCUCUAGCACAACCAAGAAUGUUAGGGAAAAGAAUGACUUGCUAUUGAUGCUUGUUGAGAAUGAGUUAACAAGACUGGCAACAUGGCUUUAUCCUCUCGAUCACUCAAGAAAGCAUCAUCUGUUACCCUCCUAUCCAGCUAGACCGACCACUGAUAAUUCCAUCGCUGUCGUUUUACCUACCGCCUGGCAUGAAGACCCGGCGAUUGCUGUGCAGCUAAUUAAACGUUUUCAGUCACCACGGCUUGAGCAAGACAUCAAGAGGUUUAUAAUGGCAUAUCCCGAAGCAGUAGUAGACCAGCCAGAUGCACUUCAGAUAAUGCUAGGAGAUAAGCUCUCUAGCCAACUCAGUUUUCAAUUGAAGUACCUUCUGUAUUGGGCUCCGGUCAAUCCGAUCACCGCAACCACUUACUUCCUGCCGUCGUAUGCGAAUAACGCUUUUAUCUUACAGUAUGCAAUGAGGGCGCUGGAGAGUCACUCGAUCGAUGUUACCUUCUUUUACGUUCCACAGAUUGUUCAAACCCUGAGAUAUGAUACAUUGGGAUAUGUCGAGAGAUUCAUUCUCGAGACGGCCAAGUUCUCACAGCUGUUUGCUCACCAAAUCAUCUGGAAUAUGAGGGCAAAUGCGUACAAGGAUGAAGAUUCCCAAAUUCCUGAUCCUAUCAAGCCAACUUUGGACAAAGUCAUGGAUCAUCUUGUCGGAAGCUUUUCUGGCACAGACAAAAGCUUUUAUGAACAGAAAAACCAAAAGAUCGCCGAAGAACUGGCGAAGAUAAAUGUCGACGUCGGUGUUUACUUGCCUAGCAAUCCUGACGGAGUUGUUAUCGAUAUCGAUAGGAAAAGCGGCAAAUCACUUCAGAGCCAUGCUAAGGCCCCCUUCAUGGCUACUUUCAGAAUUAGCAAGAAGGAUAUCACUAAUGUCGCCAAAACUGAAAAUAUGAGCCGCAAUGAGCGGCGUCAAAGCUCUGUCUCUACUGUAACCAGAGAAUUAUGGCAGGCGGCAAUCUUCAAGGUUGGAGAUGAUUGUAGGCAGGACAUGUUGGCCUUGCAACUUAUCUCGACGUUCCGAAACAUCUUCAAUAGCGUUGGUUUGGAUGUUUGGGUAUUUCCUUACAGGGUCACUGCGACCGCUCCUGGAUGUGGUGUCAUCGAUGUCUUGCCAAAUUCCAUAUCUAGAGAUAUGCUGGGACGAGACCAUGAAAUGGGAUUGUAUGAUUACUUCAUCAAUAGGUAUGGUGGUGAGGAUUCAAUCAAGUUUCAAGAGGCAAGAAACAACUUCGUCAAGAGUAUGGCGGCAUAUUCAGUCAUCUCGUAUCUUCUAAAGUUUAAGGAUCGCCACAACGGAAACAUCAUGAUUAACGACACUGGGCAUAUCAUCCACAUCGAUUUCGGGUUCUGUUUUGAUAUUGCCCCCGGCGGUAUCACGUUCGAGCGUGCCCCGUUCAAGCUCACAACCGAGAUGAUAUCCGUCAUGGGCGGAAAUACGGAGUCCCAGUCAUACCUUCGGUUUGAGGAGUUGUGUAUCAAGUCUUUCCUGGCUUGUCGGACAUAUGUCGAUAAAUUGACUCAUUGUGUUGUAUUGAUGUUGGAUAGCGGAUUACCUUGCUUCAAGCCGGAGACAAUACAAAAUUUCAAGGACCGCUUUGUGUUGGAUAAGAACGAGAGGGAGGCGGCAGACUUUAUGAGGUAUCUUGUCAAGAAGAGCUACGGCAGCUAUUCCACGGUCCAGUACGAUCGCUUCCAACACUUGACAAAUGGCAUUCCGUAUUAAAAGAUUCUUGAGACAUGGGGGGGGGGCUGAGGAGGAGCGCCUUAGUCAGAAAAUCACGUUCUUUACGCACCUUUCUUUUCUAGUCGUUGUUCAUAGACACUGUAAUUUUAUUCCCCGCA